UACCUUGAGCACCGGAAGUUUGAGCUAUCAUAACUUCCAUACAUGUGUUCUGAGUAGUACUGUAGGCAUCUGUAGAAGGUUCGUUAAUUUUUUUAAUAAAAUAUUGAUGUUGUAUGCAAUAUUUGUUUGUAACCUAUUACAGAUAUAUAGUAAAACAUGGCUGAUAUAGUUCAGCUACGGAUAGAGGACCGGAUACCUGGACUGGAACAACUUGAAAGAGUAGGGUUAUUCACUAAAAAAGAAGUGAGGUCAAUAAUUAAAAAGUCAACUGCUUUGGAGUACAAGCUGUACAGAUCUGUACUAAGCAAAGAAGACUUCAUCAGUUAUAUCCAGUACGAGAUCAAUGUCUUGGAGUUAAUAAAGAAAAGAAGAGUGCGCAUAGGUUACAGGUUUAAAAGGGAGGAAAUCGAGUACCCCAUCAUCGAGAGGAUAAACAGUGUCUUCAGACGGGCAACCGUGAAAUGGAAGGAGGACGUGCAGCUUUGGUUUUCACAUGUUGCAUUCUGUAAGAAGUGGAACACAAAGGCUCAGCUCAGCAGAGUGUUCGCCUCUAUGUUGGCCAUUCACCCGGACAAGCCAGCCUUAUGGAUCAUGGCUGCCAAAUGUGAGAUGGAGGACAGGAACUCCUCAGAGACUGCCAGGAACCUUUUCCUGCGGGCCUUGCGAUUCCACCCUGAGAACGAGAAAAUCUACCAGGAGUACUUCCGUAUGGAGCUGAUGCACGCAGAGAAGUUGAGGAAACAGCAGAAGGAGCUGGAGAACGCCAAGAUGGACCUGGGAGAGUACGAGUUCUCCGAAGAAAUCCUGAGCGGGAAGUUGGCCGAGGUCGUGUGCAGAGACGCCACCGCUAAGAUUAAAGGUGCCCAGUUUCUGCUGUCCCUGCUGAGAAUCGCGGCCCUGUUCGACUUCACCCAGGAGCUGCAGGACGCCAUCAUCAGAGAUCUGCAGGAGAAGUACACGGACGACUGCGUCACCUGGGACUACAUGGCCAAGCGGGAACUGGAGACCGGACUGGGGGCAGGGGCGGAGACAGAGCUGAGAAGUGCCAGUGGCAAGGCGACAGACGUGGCCAGGAGAGAGGAGAGGUGCUGCCAGGUCUACGAGGAGGGCUUGAAGAACCUCAACACGGAGGCCAUGUGGGUCUGUUACAUCACUUUCUGUUUGGACCGGUUCAGGAGGAAGACCAAUGUCUCCAUGCUGAAGGAAAAGAGGCAGGGACGGCUGCUGGCAGUCCUUCAGAGAGCCCACGAUGCCUCCGUGCUCCCCGAAGACCUCCACAGGACGUGGCUCCAGGUCCUGCUGUCGGCCGGGGACGCCGAGGCCGCCGCCCGGGUUGCCGUGGCAGCCACACAGCGCUUCAGCCAAUCGGCGGAGGCCUGGAGCUCCAGCCUGCAGGCGCUGGUGCAGCUGGGGCGUGCUGAGACAGGCGAGCUAUUCCAGGAAGCCCUGAAACGCGUGACCCCCAAGGAGAGUCUGCCGCUGUGGCUGCUCCGGGUGGAAUGGAGCACAGCAACCCAGAGCCCCGAGGAGACGGAAGCUGUGUUCCAGAAAGGUCUGGCAUCCAGAGUCCCCGCUAUUUCCAUGGAAAUGAAGCAGAAGUACCUCGACUGGUCUUACAGAACGGGUGGAUAUAAGAAAGCCAGGAAGACCUUCAAAAGCCUGCAGGAGCACCGGCCCUUUUCCAAGGGAUUUUUCCUCCACAUGAUCGAGAUAGAAAAGGAGCAGGAUUCUCCAAAGAUCAGCAACCUGAGGGAUUACUAUGAGCGGGCACUCAGGGAGUUCGGCUCCACGGACGACGAUCUGUGGCUGGGGUACAUCAAGGAGGAGCUCGGUUCCCGUGGCAAUGCUGAGAAUUCUGGGACAAUUCACUGGAGAGCAAUGAAGAGCCUGGAAGGGGAGCGUGUGGAACAAUUCAUCACCCAGUACACCCUCCUGCAGACAGGCCACAUAUAGGCCGGCGCCCUGUCCGCCUGGGGGGGUCGCCCCCGGUGACACGCUGCCGCUGUUUGUUCCUGGGCUCGGCUCCUUCUGCUUGUCAGGCAGGACAGAGGUGCCGUUUCAUCCUUCUGUCUUCAUGUGCGACCAGCACCUCUGGUUGCUGUAUUAUCCCAACACAGUUUUAAAAUGUUCCAAAAAAAAUAAACCUUUACCUUGUAGACAUCCGUUUGAAAUUUCAAGCUAAGUCCGCUGUUGUCUUUUUCAUGGUUGAUGUAAAUUUUGUUACAAAACCCAGCGCCUGCUGCAGUAUGUCUGGUGAGGAGGCUGAGAGAGACACUAUUUCAGGUCCAUAAUGAAGGGCUCCAUGCUACCUGUCCUGUCCACAGACCUAAUUAAAUCCACUUCAAUACUGGCGAUGACUAAGCAUAGUCAGACUAUGUUUAUAGCACAGUGUACAUCUGACAUAAAGAUGUUUAUGGUUCUAACACUUCAGCUCAUAACCUGCAGUUACUGCCACUGUAAUCAGGGGUAACCUGGGCUGCUGUUGGAUUCUGACCAGCGUAUCACCUGUGUAUCUUAGACCUUUGUGAUAGAUUUUAUUUGGAGAAGCAUUUAUACAAGCCUGUAAAGUUUUACAGUACAGUACUUAUCAGCUUCACUGACAUGAAGAUACCUACCACCAAUAAAAAGUUACAGUGUUAUCAUUAGUUGCACUUCGUGCUGUUCACGUGCAAAUAAACCAUUGAAAUAAAGGCCUCACUUUCA